GGGUACACGGAGGAGUGGGGAGGGCAGGCCAGUUGACCCCAGAACUAGAGCGGCGCAGCGUCUGGUUUCGCAGGGGGAGGCUUAGGUAGCCUUCCACACUGUCGGACUUCCGCUUCCGGUCUCCGGCCUCCGGCCUCGGUCCGCGGUCGCUAUGGAGGAACCCGAGAUGCAGCUCAAGGGAAAGAAAGUCACAGACAAGUUCACGGAGAGUGUCUAUGUCCUGGCCAACGAGCCGUCGGUGGCCCUGUACCGGCUGCAGGAACAUGUGCGUCGCUCUCUGCCCGAGCUGGCUCAGCAUAAGGCCGACAUGCAGCGAUGGGAGGAACAGAGCCAGGGAGCCAUUUACACAGUGGAGUAUGCCUGCAGCGCUGUGAAGAAUCUUGUCGACAGCAGCAUCUACUUCCGCAGUGUGGAAGGUCUCCUCAAACAGGCCAUCAGCAUCCGGGACCACAUGAACGCUGCCGCCCAGGGCCACAGCCCUGAGGAACCACCCCCGCCCUCCUCAGCAUGAUCCCAGAAGAGACUUGGAGGUGCUUUGGCCCCUCUGGCUCAGGCAGAGCCCAGCAUGGUGGUUACCCAGCCAGCUCAGGAAUCUUCACUCCACUGCCGAUCUGCUGCUGUGUGACCCUGAGAAAGUCCCUCCCAUCCCUGGUCUCUGCUUUUCCCUUCUAUCAGAGUGGUUCAUCAGGUGGCAGAGGGUGCUGCUGCACAGUGAUGUGUGUUAUAGCCUUCAGCCACUGCUCCAUGACAGACUGUCCCAGAACUUAGUGGCUGACACACCAGACAUUUGCCUGCUCACAAUUCUGUGACUUGAGCUGGGCUCAGCUGGGCAGUUUUGCUGGGCUUACCUGGAGGCCAGUCUGGCACUCAUCAGAGUCUGAUGGGGUGGCACAGUCAGAGGUGGCCUUGCUCGCACAUCUGCAUUUUGGCCAGUGCUGUCGCCUGCAGGGGGUCCGGUUCUCCUCUGCAUGGCCUCCCCAGGAGGCCAGCCCAGGCUCCUCUGGUGACCGGGUGCCAGGAGGGCAGCCCCAGUGUGCACGUGCUCAUCCAGCCUCUUCUUGCUUCACAUUGCGGAUAUUCCGUUGGUCAAGGCCAGCCACAUGGCCAGGCCCAAGACCUGAUGGGGAGGACUACAGGAAGGCAUCAACACCAGGAAGUGUGGUUGACUGUGUGAAGAGAGCCUGGCACCAAGGAAGGCCGAGCAUGUUGCUAUUCUGUGCCCAUGUAGGGCAGGGUGGGAGGCCCCUGAGGGACUUUCUGAGCUCUUACUCUUGUAGCUUGCAAAGCCCUGCUCAUUUGCAGGGCACUGUGAUGGCGCUCCAUCCACAGAGGCCCUCCCAGAGGGUUGGGGAGGCACAGGUGGGAACGGGGCCUUCACAGCCCCAGAGUGACAGUCCCUCCCCAGAGCCAGGAGGCAAUAGACAGCAGAGCUCAUGCAUAUGCAGUCAAAGUACUUAUUGGACACCUGCCAUGUGCUAGGUCUAGCUCUCUGUCUGGGGGUAGUGAGGAAUCUCACAGGCUGUGGGAUUGCCUGGGGGGCAUCUGGGAGGGCCUGGAGCUGGAGCGGCUGCCAAGAGGGUCAGCAACCCACCCCAGUGGCCUACACAGGGUUGCCCACCGGCCCUGGGCCCAUACGCUGCCAUCUCUGCCUCCCAUCUCUUUGUCCUGGUCCCUCCCACCAUCCAACCUCAAGGAUACCACCCCGCUGCCCUUCCCGCACCCUGUGCCAUCUACUGCCCCUUUGCUGCUGCACCCCCUCUGAAUAAAAUGCUCUGUGUCUCUUCCUGA